AAAGACUACAUUGCACAACUGAACUGCAGACACAUCAGCUAGAAUGAAAGUGAAUGGUGACUGAUGCUGUAAUUCUGCCCAACAUCUCCUAUUGUAUUCCAGUCAAAUGGGUUUGGAACAACAUGAGGAAAAUCCUCACCAAGCUCUCCAAAUGCAGUUUGGAAAGGAGUUUGUGAGACACAACAACUUCUACAAAUGUGUGAUAAAUGAGGAGUCAGGCCUGGAUUGUGCAGAUGUGUUUGAGUUGGCUUUCAAAGGGAAUCCUUCAGCCAUCGACCGUCUCAGGCAGAAAAGUCAAGAACACCUACGCUCUAGGGAUGAGAAUGGAGCAAGCCCAUUGCAUUAUGCUUCAGCCGGUGGAAACCUGGACAUAAUUAGACUCAUCGUCUCUAUUGUGGGCCCUGAAGAAUUGAAUGUACAGGAUGAGCAGGGCAGAACUGCUCUGCACUGGGUCGUGGAGAAGAAUCAAGUGCAGAGCUGUGUAUUACUGCUGGAGCUAGGUGCCGACCCUAACAUCCUCAACAGUGCCCUCAUGGCCCCUAUGCAUCUGGCUAUCACAAAUGGACACAACCAUCUAGUAGAGCUCCUUCUGUCCUGUGGCAAAACAGAUGCCAAUCUGGAGGGGGAUCUGGGAAACACCCCCGCGAUGCUGGCUUGCACAAACAAUAACUACCAAGCUCUCCACAUUCUUUUCAAACACGGUGCCGCAAUGUGUCGUCAGAACAAACUUGGCCACUACGCCAUCCAUACUGCUGCUUUUGCAGGUGCAAAGGAGGCUAUGGAACAGGUUUUGAAAAUUGGAGAGGAGAUGGGUAUUUCCACCUUAGUGCACAUAAAUUAUUUGGAUAAGACCAAAAGCAGUCCUCUCCAUUUGGCUGUACGUGGAGGGAAUACAGAUGUGAUCAAACUUUGCAUCAUUAAAGGAGCAAAAGUGGAUCAGCAACAGUGUGACAAAUCCACGGCUCUCCACUUUGCCUGCACUCAGGGUGCCAUAGAGGCUGUCAAAAUAAUGCUUUCCUCUUAUAACAGAGUGGAGGACAUUAUCAACAUCAGAGAUGGAGCCAACCAGACCCCCUUACAUAGAGCCACAUUGUUUGGUCAUGUCGAGCUGGCAGACUAUCUUGUUUCAAAGGGAGCAGAAGUUGACUGCAUUGACUGUAAGGGACUGUCCCCUCUGCUGCAAGCCUCAAGCUGUGGUGCUUGGAGAACAGUGGUAUUUUUACUGUCAAAAGGUGCUGAUUUCAAAAUCAAAGACAAAAUGGGGCGCAACUUUCUCCAUUUUGCAACUCUCCAACCAAAAGGGCUGAAAAAUCUGCCUGACGCAAUCUUACAGAGUACUGCCGUGAAGGAGAUGUUGUCUGAUGAGGAUGUGGAGGGCUGCACUCCUCUGCACUACGCCUGCAAGCUUGGCAUCCACGACUCUGUCAAAAACAUGCUGGGUCUCAAUAUCUGCUUGGGUCAAAAGUCAAGAGAGAAGAAAUCAGCCCUUCACUUUGCUGCAGAAUAUGGGCGUAUAAACACAUGCAACAGGCUGCUGGAGACCCUCUCAGACUCCAGGAUGUUGAACGAGGGGGAUGAAAAGGGUCUGACGCCCCUCCAUCUUGCUUCAAGAGGAGGACACACUAAAGUCGUGGAUCUGCUACUCAGGAGGGGUGCCCUCUUUCAAAGUGAUUACAAAGGCUGGUCCUGUUUACAUCACGCUGCGGCUGAGGGAUACACACAGACGAUGGAAAUCCUGCUGGCAGCCAAUGUUAAACUGUUGGAUGGAACAAAUGAGGAUGGGAACACAGCUCUUCACAUAGCUGCACAGGCAGGCUAUGUAGGUGCUGUUCUCCUGUUAUUGGAAAGAGGAGCUGAUAUCACUCUUAACAACGCUGAAUGCUCUUUCCUGCAUGAGGCUGUGCGCAGCGAGAAAAAAGAUGUAGUGAAUGCCACCAUCGGAAGUGAGCGGUGUGCCGAGGCAAUAAAGUCAUUUAAAGCUUGUUCAGCAUCCCGCUGUGUUGUGAUGGACAUCAUAGAGUUCCUCCCAGAGUCUUUUAAGCAUCUUUUGGACCUGUGUAUGCAAGAGUCAGACCAUGAUGCCAACAGUCCAGAGUACCAUAUCAAUUAUGAUUUCCAGUGGCUUCAGGCUCCCAUACAGUUAAAGAAGUAUGCUAAAACAGACAAAGCAAUGAACUUCCAACCACUGGCAGCAAUGAAUGCUAUGGUGAAGUACAACCGACUGGAUCUUCUCACCCAUCCCGUGAGCCAAAAAUACCUGGAGAUGAAGUGGAAAGCGUAUGGAAGCAAGGUUCAUUUGCUCAACCUGGCUGUCUACCUGCUUGGCUUGUUGCCCCUCACAUACCUCAUCCUCUGUCUGAGACCGAGCCAGGACUUUUUCACCAAUGGCACAUCUGUCAUCAUGGUGCCAGUAUCUUUCAGAGAGCAAAAUUGUCUUAUCUCAGUCUCUAUAAUCAUGGUCCUUGUCAUGAAUGUGUAUGCCAUUUGCAAAGAGCUGGUGCAGUUGGCACAGCAGCGAAUUAAUUACUUCACAGACUACUCUAACCCAGCUGACUGGACUUCAGCCAUUAGCUCUUUGCUCUUUGUCAUUCCCAUGUGGUUAAGUAUAGACACUACAUGGCAAUGGGAGGCUGGAGCUGUGGCCAUUCUGACAUCAUGGGUCAGCUUCCUGCUUUACUUCCAGAGGUUUGAGCGAAUUGGAAUUUAUGUGGUAAUGUUUGGAGGAAUCAUUAGGACACUGGUGUGCACCAUGGUUCUCUUUGUCUUCCUCUUGCUGGCAUUCGGAUUGUCCUUCUACGCUUUGAUGCUUCACCGAACUGAGUUCAGCUCAAUCAGCCUUUCACUGGCCCAGACCUUUGUAAUGACGGUGGGAGAGCUGAACUACCAGAGCACAUUUCUAGAUGCUUUUGAGAAUGGGAAGAUGGCGUUUCCUGAGAUCACCUAUUUUAUGUUUGUGCUUUUUGUUCUUCUCAUGCCCAUCCUUUUGAUGAACCUAAUGAUUGGUUUGGCUGUAGGAGACAUUGCAGAGGUACAGAGAAACGCAGAGUUAAAGAGGAUAGCCAUGCAGAUAGAGCUUCACACUACCCUUGAAGAAAAGCUGCCAUACUGGUUCCUACUACGAGUGGACAAACCCACUAUCACUGUCUAUCCAAAUAAAUGCAAGAAGGUGCUGAUGCAGGUCUGUAUCGAUGGUGAAAUCCAAAAUACAGUUCGCACCCGUUUAAACCUCUGCUCACGCCAAGGUGGACCUCUGGAGAGGGAACUGCACAAACAGAAGAACAGGUUGAAAGAAAUGUCUAGUGUGCUUGAAAAGCAGCAUAACUUGCUGAAUCUGAUCAUCCAGAAGAUGGAAAUCACGUCUGAGGCUGAUGAAUGUGACGGCCCACAGAACCCCAGAGCUCUAAGACAUAUUCCCUCCACAUGCCAAAAGUCAAAGUGGGUCCCCCUCAUGCAAGCACUUGCAAAAAGGAAGUGACAUCAGAUACAAUGACAUCAUGCUGUAGCCAUCAUAAUGGACGAAUCCAGUGUUCCCUGCAGCCAUCAUUUCUGAUAUUACUUUUUUUUUUAGGUAUAUUUAUGUCGUAGUUUGUAGCAUUAGUGUUAGAAAGUGGGUUUUUAUUUCAUUUAUUAUUAUUAUUGUUUCUAGCAUGCAUAUCUGGUGGUUAACUGUGUGGUUUAUAUAUUGUGGUUAAGUGUAAGAGGACCUUGUGUGGGUAUGUAGUGUGAUCGUCAGACCACUGUGUUCAUUUCUUUAAUUCUAAUUUACUUUAUGUGAUGUAUUUAGAAAGUGACCUACCUGAUACACUGACAGAUAGAUUGUGAGCAUGUCUAUUAAAAAGUUUGUACUGAACAGAGAAACAGAAAUGUUGGAAUGAUUUCUGAAUUAUAGAGAUGUUCAUAAAGUCACUCAAGUUUAAACCAUUUACAGGAUCCAGUACACUGCUCUGAUAUGCAAUGAGGAUCCUGAAUAUCUCCAGUUGUAAAUAAGAUGUGGUUUGAGAAAUGCAUUGGAUGGGGUUAAUAUGAUUACUACAGUAUAAUGCACUUCAAGCCCCUCAAGUGGACUCAUAGACCACUUUCAACCUGUGAAGCAUCACCUAUACAGAUUUAUCACACUGAUCAGUCCCCCAGCUGUGCUCGGAAUAGAAGAAUUAUGUAAAUUUCCUCUGGCCUUGUGCCCGGAUGUAGUAACCCUGAGAUGCUUUGUCAUACCAAAUACUACAUUUAAAAUUGUUCUGCCAAAGGGUAAGACAAGUG